CGCCUAUAAACCCACUAAAGAAAGAAAGAAAGAAAGAGCUCGCGUGUGAUGUGUUUGUGUAUCCUCAGUGUUUUUCUCUCUUGAGUGUUUUAAACAGAGUCUUGUCUCUGUGUAUUUUAGUGUUGAUGAUGAGAUGGAUGUGAUGUGCUGUAAAUCAGGAACUGAUCAGGGCUUACAGGAUGAUGAAUCUACUGAUCAAACCUCCACAGAGUCUCUGGAUUCUGUCUGUAACGCUGGAGAACAGCAGCAGAUCCUCACGCACAAGAUUUGUUCAGUCAAACCCAUUGACUGCACGAAGAUCAAAACUGAACCCACAGAAAUAAAAACUGAACCUUCAGAAAUAAAAACUGAACCUUCAGAAAUAAAAACUGAACCUUCAGAAAUUAAAACGGAACGUACAGAACAAGAUCACAAUGAUGCUUUUAUUCCUUCAGAUAUGAAGAGUGAAUUAUGUUUGAAUGGAGAAACAUCUUCAACAUCAGAAGAGCGACUGACUGCACACACAGAACAGAAACUCUUCACCUGCACCAGAUCUGAGAUCAGCUUUACUACCUUACAAGAGAAGAAACUUCAUUCAGAAGAACACAGCGAGAAGAAGAAAUUUCAUUGUGAGCACUGUGGGAUAAACCUUUUUGCAACAACGUCUCAUAUUAAUGCUCACAUUAGGACACACAAUAAUAAAAAGCUUUUUCACUGCAGUGAAUGUGACAAAUAUUUCAGCACCAAACAAACUCUUCAUGUUCACAAGAGAAUUCACACAAGAGAGAAACCAUACGAGUGUCCUCACUGUGAGAUGAGAUUUUCCUAUUUACACAGUCUUAAAGCACAUGUGCUUUUACACACCAAUGAGAGCCCGUAUCAGUGCAGUGAAUGUGGAAAAACCUUUAGGGUUUUAGGCUCCUUAAAAUUACAUGAACAAAUACACAGUAAGGAGAAACUCUUUCAAUGUUCACACUGUGAUAAACAUUUUUGUCAGAAAGCUCAGCUGAAAGUCCACGAGAGAGUUCAUACUGAAGAGAAACCUUACAUCUGCUUUCAUUGUGAUAAAAGCUUCUCUAGUUCAUCUAAUUUCAUUAAUCAUCAGAGAGUUCACACUGGAGAGAAACCUCAUCACUGUAGUGUUUGUGGGAAGAGUUUCAGUCGACAUCAACAUUUAGUAAAUCACCAGAGAACUCAUACAGGUGAAAAACCUUACAAAUGCUCUCAGUGUGAGAAGACGUUUACUCGAUUAGCUUCCUUAAAACUCCAUCAGAGAGAUCACACUGGAGAGAAACCUUACGUCUGCUCGAUCUGUGGAGAGAGAUUCACUAAAGCAGGACCUUAUAAGACUCAUCAGAAGAAACAUACUGAAGAACAAACUACACUUGAAUCAUUGUAGCUUUCUGUUUAUUCAGAAUGAGUUCAGUGAACUUUCAUGCAGAUUGGAAGCCAAAAACAUUGUGUGUGAUGCAGUGGAUGUAGUUAUCUAUUUUGUGAAGAACAAGCCAGAAGAUAUCAUGUUCAAGAGCUCAAGAAAUCUACAGACUUUUGUACAGCAUUUUUUGCAUUAUUAGCAUUUUAGGAUGAAUCCAGUGUAGUUUCUGCAUGUUCUCCCUGUGUCAGCGUGGGUUUACUUCGGGUACUCCGGUUUCCUCCCACAGGCCAAAAACACGCAAGUUAGGCAAAUUGGAGAUACCAAAUUGUCCCUCCCCCAACUUGUGUAUGAAUUAAAGGGGACAUAUUAUGAGAUUUUUUUUAAGAUGUAAACUAAGUCUAAAAUAGGUCUGAGCAAAAGUGUGCCGUUUUGGGUGUGUCAUUUAAAAUGCAAAUGAGCAGAUGAAGUGCAACCACUGAUCACAAUGAUGGUGGUUUGUUGCAAUUGAAACUCAAUUGUGCUGUGAAAUAUUUUAUCUCUCUCUUUCUCUCCAUACUAAAUGGUUGUGCUGUGGUUGGAUAGUGCAGAUAAAGGGGGCGGUAUUACCUUAUUCUGACAUCACAAUAAGGGCCAAAUUACAAUGACCUAUUUUUUCACAUGCUUGCAGAAAAUGGUUUACCAAAACUAAGUUAUUGGGUUGAUCUUUUUAACAUUUUCUAGGUUGAAGCACUGGGGACACAAUUAUAGCACUUAAACAUGGAAAAAGUCAGAUUUUCAUAAUAUGUCCCCUUUAACUUGUCUGAAUAAAACUUGUGUAUGGAUUACCUGGUUCUCGCCAUGAAUAUAGCCGUAGAUGCUGGAAUGGCGUUAAGAAAUAAAGGAAGAAGAAGGAUGAAUCAAUAUAUUGUUUUGUCACUUUUGUAAGUAGUAACUUUGUGUUUGUUAUCCAAUUUAAUCUUGAACAUUACUGAAUAUAAUAAUAUGGCUGAAUCAAAAUAAAAUGUUUUCACAAUAGUGAUCUGUAAUAUUAUACUAGACAUUUCAGUCUGCUUUUAAGCACAAAAAAAUGUGUUGACAUCCACCUUAUUUGUUAUAUGUAAAUAUGUGCACCACCAUCUUUGAGCUUUUUGUGUAAGACUUUCAGUGAGCCACCAAAGCUUAUGGUAGUCGUAUUAUGACUGAAUAGUUAAUGUUUAUUAUGAAAUAUCAGCUAUUAUGGCAACCACUAACUGCACAAAUUAUGCCAGUGCAUACUAGUAAACCUCUACAAAAUAUUUGUUUUGACCAUAAUCCAUACACAAGAGCUGAAUGUGGCGCACAUGCACCCAUGAUCUGUAUUCACACAUCCAGUAAAACCUUUUAUAGAAACUGCCAGUAAAUAAUAAAUAAAAUAUUUGUUCAAAAACAACUAAUGCUAAUUCAGCUGGUUUAUUUAUUCUUCUAGUAUAUAUUAUUACAAAAAUGCACUUACAGUUCAGAAUAU